AUGCAGCUAUGGACCGGCCGAGGUAGUUCCCUACGCGCGUUGCGACCCUUGACCUGCUUCGCCGUACGGCCAUUUACAACGACAUCUAUUCUUCAGCGAACAAAGAAAUCGAAAGAAACGAAAGAGAAAUCCUUGGCGGACAAGAAAUCCGUGAAGUCAGGAAAGUUUAAGACAGGUUCAGGUCCUGCCUCUACAAGAGCUAUUCGACAAGAUAUCGCGUCUGCCCGAGAUUUUGCUCAAGUGGUAGAGACAACUCUGCAAGAUGUCCAUAACAAGCUGAAACGAGCCGGCGAUACCUUGGACGAUUGGACCCAAUUCGAGCGUCAGGUGAUAAACUCCUGCAAAGUGGAUGAUUCCAAGUCCUCUGCGAACUGGGGUCCUCUUAAACAAACGAAAAAUUCUCUACAAAAGGCCUAUCUUUCCGAUGGAAUCAGGGGUCUUCGGGAGGAACUGGAAUUUAUGCUGCACUCGGACAAUAUCACACGCAGGUUUUCAGCGCCUGUUUUGGAGGCGCAAAAACAAGUGGCCGAUCUUCGAUAUCCAGCCGAGUGGUACCCGCGAGCACGAUCAAUGCAACGAACCAUCCACCUCCACGUUGGGCCUACAAAUUCUGGAAAGACAUACCACGCUUUGCAACGACUGCGAAAGAGUAAAAACGGGUUCUAUGCAGGCCCGCUGAGGCUGCUGGCGCAAGAAGUUUAUCAUCGAUUCAAGGCUGAGGGGGUUCCGGUCAGCCUUGUGACCGGCGAUGAUGUCAAGAUUCCCGAGAAUGACGAAGUGCCACGGAUUGUAAGCAAUACCGUGGAGAUGGUCAGUCUCGGGCAGGAAUAUGAUGUUGGUGUUAUCGAUGAGAUUCAGAUGAUCUCCAAUCCAUCGCGAGGAUGGGCUUGGACUCGUGCGUUCCUUGGAUGUCAGGCUGCUGAGCUACACCUGUGCGGUGAGACACGUACAGUACCGUUGAUUCGGGAGCUGUGUGCUCUCACAGGUGAUAAUUUGGAAAUUCAUCGCUAUGAGCGACUCAACGCGCUGGAAGUGAUGCCGCAUAGUUUGCAGGGUAACCUGAAACAACUUGAGAAAGGUGAUUGUGUUGUCGUUUUCUCUCGCAAGGGUAUUCAUGCUAUGAAAGCAGAAAUCGAGAAGACUACUGGAAGACGCGCCGCUAUUGUUUAUGGUGGUUUGCCAGCAGAGAUCCGGACCCAGCAAGCGAACCUGUUCAACGACCCAGAUAAUGACUAUGACUUCCUUGUCGCCAGUGACGCAAUUGGCAUGGGUCUAAAUCUGAGCUGCAAGCGGAUCAUCUUUGACACUCUUGUCAAGCGUGUUCCUACUGGACUUCAACGUCUUACCGUGCCCGAGAUCAAACAAAUUGGUGGACGCGCUGGCCGAUAUCGUCCAGCAAAUGCUAAGACAAUGGAAGGUGAAGAGGAAGAGCCCAAUGUGGGCCUAAUCACUUGUCUCGAAGAGGUCGAUAUCCCGUACAUCCAUCAGGCCAUGAAACUGGAGCCUCCGCCUCUCAGUUCAGCGGGCAUCAUGCCUUCAGACUCUGUGUUCCGAAAGUUCGCUGCUUACUUCCCACCCGGCGUGCCUUUUGAGUAUCUCGUCAAACGUGUUCUCGACAUCGCCCAGGUCAGCCCAUUGUUCUUCAUGUGUGAUCCCCGAAGUCAGCUGGAAAACGCCGAGAUAGUCGACACAGUGCAAGGCCUGCCGAUUGAAGACCAAUUGAAGUUCAUGGUCUCACCAAUGGACGUCAAAAGCUCAAGGUCGCGUGAUGUCACAGGUGCAUUGGCAGACUGCGUCGCUGACCACAACGCUGGUCGCCUUUUGGAUAUCCCACAUCUUAACCUGGAAGUCCUCGAGCAGCCUGUUUCCAGUUCAAAUGAUUACAUGCAUGACCUGGAGAGUCUCCACCGAGCCGUCAUUCUUUAUUUGUGGCUCAGUUUCCGAUUUGGUGGUGUAUUCACCGACCGAACUCUCGCGAGUCAUGUCAAGGAACUUGUUGAAGAGAGAAUGGUUCGAGCACUGACUGAGUUCUCAGCCAACAAGAGACUGAGGAAGGGUGCUUCGCUCAAGCGCCAGAUCGCUCUCCAGAAACAGAUGCUCGAACAGCAACGUAUGGGUGUUGAUUCAGACGACUGGUCGCGCACCGUUGGGGAGGGUGAAUUGGAAGUCAAUCUGCCUGAGGAGCAAGCUUCCAAGGGUGAAGUGUCGGAUUCUGCGGACUCCGCUGAGGCCUCUGAGGCCUCUGAGGGAGUGUCUGAUGGGGAAGUGGAGCCGUUUGAAACGGAGCCUGCUUCUUCUACGGAACCUUCGUCGCCCGAGGAAGACACAUCGGCUGAAACAGAAGACUCGUGGUAUGACUCGGAGACUAACAAAAAGGAAUGA